AUGGCGUCGGGCAAAUCUGGCAAUCCAUCUCACAAAUCACUCAUUGUCCUCAUCUGGGUCUCCUUUUCCGCCGCGUUGCUCUUCGUCGCCCUGCGAACCAUUAUCCGCAUCCGGAUCCCGACGACGCACCACGUCACUCCCCUCGAAGACUGCUUCAUCUUCCUAGGGCUUGCCGCGCUUCUCGCCCUUUGCAUUCUCGAAACCAUCCAGCUUCCGAGCCUCUACUACAUCACCAGCGUCUUGCGAGGCACCAUCCCUAUCACCACCGCCGAGCUCAUCAUAUCACAAACAGAACGUUAUCUACGGUACCAGUUUCCCAUUGUCAUCUUGUUCUGGACUGUCCUUUGGUCCAUCAAGGCCGCUUUCCUCGCGCUUUACUGGCGGCUGUUCCGUGACCUGGUGUGGUAUCGCCGCGCCUGGACUGUGUUGGCCAUCAUCACAUUCCUGGCGUAUGGAGGCUGUAUUGCCACUCUGAGCGUGUCGUGUGGUUCCGAUGUCCGGAACUUCUUUGCCUUCUACAAGUGCGGCGCAUCGGACAAUGUGCGGCGGAGUAAUUUCAGUGUCUACUUCAGCACCGCCGUUGAUGUUUUCACCGACCUCUGUAUCAUGGCGAUGCCACUUCGCCUGCUUUACAACCUCAGGGUUUCUUUCAGUCAGAAGCUGGGCUUGGCGUGUGUGUUCAGCCUUGGAUUUGUCAUGAUCACAUUUGCCAUCAUUAGGGCAAACCAGAGUUUGGCCCAGAAUGAAUUCGUCCACUUGACAUUGCUGCUUAUUUGGUCGACAUUGGCGGCGUCAAUAUCUGUUCUUGUCGGUACCCUACCGGCUUUCAAAGUCUUGAUUACCGCUCGAGCACGCGCUUCCAAGAGCCGUUCUGGAAACGGGGAAUACCGAGGUGUUGAGAAGAAACAAGUAUCAAGUGCUGGCAAAAGUGCGAGAAGUGCACAUAGCGUGGCUCUGACUCCAGUCCACAAUGACAAUGCCCGUAGUGUUAAAACGGGUGCUAGCUGCACGUCUCAGGCUACGGAAUCGCAAGAGGAAAUUCUGGUUCGACGCGAAACUGACCGCACCCGCUAA